AUGUUAAGUAUUCUGCACUCCCUGAGCUGGAUGGCUCAUUGGAUCAAUCCCACAGCAACGAUAGCGCCUUCAACGCCUCCUCAAGCGGGUGAAAAGAACGCAAACGUGAAAAAUGGAACAGUUCAGACGAAUGGAGUGAACCAUACCGAGAGGCUGGCCGGGCGAGCACCAAAUUUGCUCCACCCAGCUAUCGAUUAUCCGGGGAUAACAAGUUAUGAGGCGGGCGGAUCUCUCAUCUUGACCGAUAUUUUCCCUACUGUUCUAUUCAUGUUCGUGGUUCUAUUUUGUCGUUGGUUCAAUGGAUUUGCACCUCGACAAGAGCGUUUUCAAAGGCUCGAAUAUGAAGCUAUUCUAAGGCGGAGACGGUUUCGUGUGCAAUCGGAAGAAUCCGAAGAGCUGGAAGAUCAUGAGGCAUAUUCUGAAACUGAUAUUUGUACUCAACUGAUUGCCUCAUCAGCUAAUGUUGCUUGUAACAUUAACGUUGAUUUGGUUAAUCAAAAUCGGUUUUAUUUUUUCGUUAAGCAAAACAACGAAGACGAGACUGCCGUGCCUUCUGAUGUUCCUCCGCCCGAAACAAGUAUAAAAAAUGAAGAUACCGAAGUUAAUUUGGUGUUCGCGAGUGCGGAAGAUAAUGGCUACAUUUCAUCGACAUUCGAAGUAUCAGAAACUUCUUUAAUGGUCACCUCUGAAGUUUACGAAGUGGAGAAAGUUUCGGUGAACGAAGACCAGUCCUCACGCCCUGUAAAUGUAAUUGUAAACGAAAGUGACGAUGAACAAUCAUUGCGCUCGCAAGAUGGUUCGAGAUGUUCUGAUGAAGCUAUGAACUCUUGUAUGUCGGCUUCAGAAGACGAAGAUGUUGAAUCACAGGAAGAUUCCUACCAUGUCAACGAUGCCACCGAAGACUCUGUGAGCUCGAUAAAAACUCAAGAAGAUGAGCCGAUUGAAGAAGAAUUGGCUUCGUGUCAUUCGGACGAAGAUGACCACCAAAAUGAAGUUCUUGGUGAUGAAGAGGCAUCUAAAUACGAUAACCUUCCGGUGGAAAUGCGGUCAGCAAAAGAGGGAGAUGAGAGUGAAGGAACAAUUGAUUCAUCAGUCUCCUCAUCGACAUCGUCUACUCCUGACGACGACGAGGACGACAGUGCUACUUCUUACGACUCAGACGAUAUCGAAAUUCAAAUGUUCGAGUAUGAUCUGGGAACUGUGUGUGCUUCAGCUUCUAUUUCUAUCCCCCGCCCAUCUAUUAUUCCAAAAAAGAACAAAAAAGCUGAAGUAAACGCCAAUGAAGAGCGUAUGGACGAUGUUAGUGUCAGUCCUGGACGCAGUGAUUCUCCUGGUGGGGGUGGUGGUCAUUCGGAUUCCUUCCAAGAUCCAUUGGAUCCGGGAGAGCAACUCGGUUCUGAUGACGAGGAACAAGAAGAUCCUCGUGACUACAAGCGUGGCGGCUAUCACCCAGUCAACAUCGGAGACGUGUUUAAUUCAAGGUAUCAUGUGAUUCGAAAACUCGGAUGGGGCCACUUCUCGACUGUCUGGUUGGCUUGGGAUACUCAAGAGAAGCGGUUUACCGCUAUGAAAAUAGUCAAAUCGGCUGAGCAUUACACGGAAGCCGCUCUUGACGAAAUCAAGCUUCUGCUAUCAGUUCGUGGUGCAGAUCCAGAAGACACGGGAUGUCACAAAGUUGUUCAACUACUGGACGAAUUUACUGUUACCGGUAUCAACGGCCAACAUGUUGCAAUGGUUUUUGAAGUCCUUGGCUGCAACCUCUUAAAACUUAUAAUUCGGUCCAACUAUCGAGGUCUUCAUCUUGAACAAGUUAGAAAAAUAUGCAAACAAAUUUUGGAGGCGUUGCGGUAUAUGCACGAAAAGUGCGGUAUCAUUCAUACUGAUAUCAAACCCGAGAACGUGCUUAUUACUAUGAGCCGAGAAGAAAUCAAGAUCAUGGCUCAACAUGCUGUCGUUGCCCGGAAGAUGAACAUGAAAAUGAGUGGAUCAGCUGUCAGUACUGCACCAGAUCAUUUGGUGAAAAUGGCACAAGAAAACAUGACGAAAAACAAAAAGAAGAAGAUGAAGAAAAAGGCCAAAAAGCAAAGAGAAAAGUUGGAGGCUGAAUUGGCCGGACUGGAGGGUCUCAAAAUGGAUGCUAAUGGUUUACAGGAAGCAUACAACAACGCACCGCAAAAUGGUAUUCGAAUGCGCCCCCCUUCUCUGCUGUUCAAUGGGCCGAUUCCUCAACUUUUGCAAGGCAGUUCAUGUGUGAACACGCCUUCUUCUCCGAGAUCGGUUCCUCCACCACCGGCUCUUUAUCCACAAGCGGGAGGCGUCUGCAAUCAGACAUACCAUCUAUCACAGGUGAUCCUGAAUGAGCAAGUUGAACUCGAAAGCUUCAACACUUCUCAAGUCGAAGACGUCAACAUCGAGGAUGCUGUUAAUGGUAACGGAAACGGCACUAACAAUAAAAUUGAACUCAAGAGCCCGGACCGAUUCGAUCGAACCACUUUGACCCCAUUCAGUGAUCCAGAGAGCAAGAUAGGAGAGUUAGCGUCACCGUCUUCUGAAUUCCUCAGCUCCCCUAUGAGCAUGCUCCCACCCGGCGGAGUUCUACCGGCGCCUCCAGUUGGACCAAACAUCGCUGAUCCUUAUUGUGAUAUUGACGUCAAAAUCGCCGAUCUCGGAAACGCUUGCUGGGUAAACCACCACUACACAGAUGAUAUUCAAACUCGUCAGUAUCGAGCGCUUGAAGUCUUGAUUGGUUCUGGAUACGGACCACCAGCCGAUAUUUGGAGCACAGCUUGCAUGGCUUUCGAAUUGGCUACAGGCGAUUACUUAUUCGAACCUCAUCAAGGUGACAACUAUUCACGUGACGAGGAUCAUUUGGCUCACAUCUCCGAGCUUUUGGGUCAAAUUUCGCCAUCGAUCUACAAAAAGGGUAAACACUGGAGAGAAUUCUUCCACAAAAAUGGCAAUUUGCUUCAUAUUCAUAAUCUUAAACCAUGGUCACUAUACGAGGUUCUGAGACAAAAGUACGAGUGGUCUCAUGAAGACGCACAACAAUUCGAGAGUUUCCUUCGUCCGAUGCUCGAUUUCGAUCAGGAGAAGAGGGCAACAGCAAACGACGCCCUCAAACAUCCAUUCUUAUUACCAUUUGGCGGAAAGGCACCAAGAGAUCCGGAGGUCCUUCAAAGACUGUAUCCGGAUGGACAAGUUCCUGAAGCGCUUGAUGGAAAUCAGGAAGUUUACCGUGACGAAAAUGAUAGUAAUUCCGCGAGCGAGAGGAGUGCGAAUAGAUCUGCUGGAAGCGACGACGAAGAAGAGUUCCACAUGGACCGACCUGGCCCAUCGGGAGUGAUCAAUGAGCCUGCUGACGUUUCUGAAAUAGAAAGCUUUCAACUGAAUCUCCAAUAG